AUGAGGGGCCGGGUCGCGGUAGCUAGGUUACGGAGUACGGGCCAAGUGCCGUGCCGCCGCUCUCGCGCCCACCGAGCCGAGCUGACAUUCUCCGUGAGCCACCCGGAGCGCCUCCUGCGGGAGGGCCACUACGCCCAGUGCCCGAGUUCGUGUGCGCCGGUCUUUCUAGGUGCCAUCGUCGAGUACGUGACGGCCAAGGUCUUGGAGCUGGCGAGCGACGAGGCCCGGAGGAGCAGCAGGAGAUGCAUCACCUUGGAGCUGUUGGACGUGGCCGUGCACAGCAACGCGCUGCUCAGUGGCUUCUUCGUGACUACAACCAUCUCCCAGGUGGCCCCAGCCUAG